AUGUCCGCAUACCGUCCGCCCGUGUUUCCUCGAGCCCAGCAGGCGCAAAUUAUCCGGGCAAAUCAGCGCGAUCUGUUCCAUGUGGCCUCAUUGAGAGAGCAAACGGAGAACGUCUUCCGUUCUUGGUUUGGUACCCGAUGGCUGAGCCGCUGGGACAAGGAGAUAGACCUCUUCACCAAGCUCGUCUACUAUGGCUUCACGACCGGUCGCGCUACGCAGAGCCUCGGGGAAGAAUACACCGACAUAUGGCAGCAUUCGGCGCGAACCGAACGACUCCCGGGUUGGCGUUUGCGUGCCGCCCUCGUGCUGCUCCCAUCGGUGCCGUCGUACGUGCUUGCAAGAUGGGGCGCGCGGCUGUCGAACGGAACGUCGCGUACCGCCAGACUCAUGCACGCGCUUCCUACCGCCCUCGAAAUCGCGUCGGAGGUGAACCUGGCCGUGUUCUACCUGCGAGGCACGUAUUAUGAUGUCUGGAAGCGUUUGCUCGGGAUUCGACAUCUGUCCUCGACGCCGGAAAACCCGCAUACACGCCCUCCGUCCUAUUCACUGCUCGGUGUCCUCCUCGCCGUCCGUCUGAUCCACCGCAUCGUCGUGUUCCUCCGCUCCCGGCAGACAAAACCGGAAGACGUACCCCCCUCGCAGAAGGUUCCGCAGCUGAACGCCACGAGCGAGACAUACUUGGACGACCGGCCCGUCUCGUCGCUCCUUGGGCCAUCGAACGCGGACGAGGAGCCCGUCGUGCAGGCCGAGGACGACGAACACACUGUCCUCGAUAUCUCACUGAUCCCGCCGGCUUUGCGAGCAGGUCGGCAGUGCACGCUGUGCCUCGAAGAGAGGACGUCGAGCUGUGCGACGGAGUGCGGACACCUCUUUUGCUGGAACUGCAUCGUGGGCUGGGGACGCGAGAAGGCGGAGUGCCCGCUGUGCAGGCAGGCACUGAAUUUGGCCCGGUUACUUCCGAUAUACAACCUGUAG